GUGGAGCCCGGCACGAUGAGCGGCGAGGGCGGCUCCGACUUCAGGCGGGUGGCGAUCCGGAGGAAGUCCAACCCCUCCUACCUGCCGCCCGGGGUGCCCCGGCCCUGGAGCAGGCCCGCGUCGCGCCUGGGACGUGUAGGGACGGCUGCCUUCAAGGGCCAGGUGCCCUCGGGCGCCACAGGCAGCAGUACCUGUCCAAAGAUCGCUUUAGUUCCACCUUGCUCCACAAGCAGCACGACCACACUGGUGGGUGAGAAUGUAUCUGAAGAAGAGGCUCAGGGAAUAAAUGGGAACAGGCCAGUGAAACACUCAGCUGCAAGUCCAAAGCCACAAGUGCCUCCAAAGCCAUUACACCUGCAGAAUUCACCUUCGUCCAAUAUACACCAAACCCCCAGGCAUAAAGCUUUACCUAGUGCAAAACCAAGGAUGGAGGAAAUUAAACCUGCCUCUGCUUCUUGUGUCUCAAAAGAAAAACCCAGUAAGGUAUCAGAUCUCAUCAGUCGCUUUGAAGGAGGCAGCUCAUUAUCAAGUUAUAAUGAUUUGAAGAAAGAGUCUGCUGUGAACCUAAAUGCUCCUAAAACCCCAGGAAGGCAUGGAUUGACAACCACACCUCAACAAAAACUCCUCUCCCAGCACUUGCCACAGAGGCAGGGAAAUGAUACCGAUAAGACUCAGGGUGCACAGACUUGUGUGGCCAAUGGUGUAAUGGCAGCACAAAACCAGAUGGAAUGUGAGGAAGAGAAAGCUGCCGCUCUUAGCCCGGAUACUUCUAUUCAAGCUUCUGAACCCUUGCUUGAUACGCACAUAGUGAAUGGAGAAAGAGAUGAAACCGCCACAGCUCCUGUAUCACCUGCAACAGAUAGCUGUGAUGGAAAUGUUUCUGACAGCAGCUACAGGACUCCAGGCACAGGCCCAGCGCUCCCCCUGGAAGAAAGAGGGGCAGAAACAGAAAGCAACUUACAAGAGAGAGAAAAUGGGGAAAGCCCUCUGGAACUGGAGCAGCUGGACCAGCACCAUGAGAUGAAGGAGACUAAUGAGCAAAAACUUCACAAAAUAGCCAAUGAACUUUUGCUUACUGAAAGAGCUUAUGUCAACCGACUUGACCUCUUAGAUCAGGUAUUUUAUUGCAAACUGUUGGAAGAAGCAAACCGAGGCUCGUUUCCAGCAGAGAUGGUGAAUAAAAUCUUUUCUAAUAUCUCAUCAAUAAAUGCCUUCCAUAGUAAAUUCCUCUUGCCAGAGCUGGAGAAACGAAUGCAAGAAUGGGAAACUACUCCUAGAAUUGGAGACAUUCUUCAGAAAUUGGCACCAUUCCUUAAAAUGUAUGGAGAAUAUGUGAAAGGAUUUGAUAACGCAAUGGAAUUGGUUAAAAACAUGACAGAACGUAUUCCCCAGUUCAAAUCAGUGGUUGAAGAAAUUCAGAAACAGAAAAUCUGUGGGAGCUUAACUUUGCAGCACCACAUGCUAGAACCUGUUCAGCGGAUUCCCCGGUAUGAGAUGCUCCUUAAGGACUAUCUAAGGAAACUGCCUCCUGAUUCCCUGGACUGGAAUGAUGCGAAAAAAUCACUUGAAAUUAUAUCUACAGCAGCAAGCCAUUCUAAUAGUGCAAUAAGGAAAAUGGAGAACCUAAAGAAACUCUUAGAGAUUUAUGAAAUGUUGGGAGAAGAAGAAGACAUUGUAAACCCUUCAAAUGAACUAAUAAAAGAAGGACAGAUCCUCAAACUAGCUGCUCGGAACACUUCAGCACAAGAACGCUACCUUUUCUUAUUCAACAACAUGUUGCUGUACUGUGUGCCCAGAUUCAGCUUGGUAGGCUCUAAAUUCACAGUUCGAACCAGGGUUGGCAUUGAUGGAAUGAAAAUUGUAGAGACUCAAAAUGAAGAAUAUCCACAUACUUUCCAGGUAUCUGGGAAAGAGAGAACACUGGAACUGCAGGCCAGUUCUGCGCAAGACAAAGAAGAAUGGAUCAAGGCCCUUCAAGAAACCAUCGAUGCUUUUCAUCAAAGGCAUGAAACCUUCAGAAAUGCAAUUGCAAAGGAUAAUGACAUUCACUCAGAGGUUUCUACUGCUGAGCUAGGGAAAAGAGCCCCAAGAUGGAUCCGAGAUAAUGAAGUGACAAUGUGUAUGAAAUGCAAAGAACCUUUCAAUGCACUGACACGAAGGAGGCAUCAUUGUCGAGCGUGUGGAUGUGUGGUUUGUUGGAAAUGCUCCGACUACAAAGCUCAACUUGAAUAUGAUGGUGGUAAAUUGAGCAAAGUUUGCAAAGACUGUUAUCAAAUUAUAAGUGGAUUCACAGACAGUGAAGAAAAGAAAAGAAAAGGAAUUUUAGAGAUUGAAUCAGCAGAAGUAUCUGGAAACAGUGUGGUCUGCAGCUUUCUUCAGUAUAUGGAGAAGUCAAAACCUUGGCAGAAAGCUUGGUGUGUGAUCCCCAAGCAAGACCCUCUUGUGCUGUACAUGUAUGGUGCCCCCCAGGACGUCAGAGCCCAGGCCACCAUUCCACUUCUGGGCUAUGUGGUGGAUGAAGUGCCAAAGAGCGCAGACCUGCCACACAGUUUCAAACUGACCCAGUCCAAGUCCGUGCACAGCUUUGCCGCAGACAGUGAGGAACUGAAGCAGAAGUGGCUGAAAGUCGUCCUUUUAGCCGUCACAGGACCUGGAACAGUUUGAAAGAUAUACCUCCAUGUUGCCAAAAUAGAUCCAUGGUGAAAAAUACAGGGACAGUUGAGGCUAUUGUAUUAACUUAUUUAAUUUAGUUUAUAAAUCUCUAGCUGCAUAAAUGAUGUCUGUUCUUUUAAAAAAAAAAAAAGGACAAAUUGUUGGUGUUCAGAUUUUCGAUUUAUGAAGAAAAGAUAACUUGUUUUUGUAGGAAUACUCCUGAGAAUGUCUUAAGUAUAUAGCAAUUAUGUAUAUAUAGUAUUAAAUAUAUAUAUUAUACAUGCUUUUCUCUUUAGCUUUAGGUUCAUAUUCAUCUCUAAUUUAUUUUUUAAAUAUAAAGCAUGGUUUAUCUUGGAAUUGAGCAAUGUUCUAAACUGAAGAAACGUUUUGGUGAUUUAUGUUUUGCUGAUUGGCAUUUGAGGGUAUUGAUAUUUUUCUAAUAAGCGGUGAUUUAUGUGGCAUGGGAUAUAUUUGUGAAUUCCAACAGUACUUUUAAAGUACCAUUUUUUGUUUCUGUGCCUAUUUAAAACAGUGCCUCUCUUAGAAGGUGCUAUUAAUAUAAGAUGAGGGUUCAGUUAAUGCUUCAGUCUUGAUUAUUCUAAGAUUAAAGUGCAUUUUGGUCACUGGGACAGUCAAAGUCGUACAGGUUAUUUUACCGUUUACAAUCCUAUAAUUAUUGCAGUAGUUAACAUCAGCAUGUACAAAAAUUUUCACCAAAACCCAAACUUUAUGAGACGCCUGACCUUUUACAGAACUAGGAUAUGUGGAAACCACAUUUAUCGUAAUGUUUUUCUUUUCCGUAAGACGAUUGAGCAUGGUUAAAUAAGGUCUCUAUAUAAUGAACACUUAAGAUAACUGUAUGGGCCUUUUCCUUUCUCAGAAUGAAACAAAAUCCACAUGUGAUAACCUGUGUUUGGGGCGGGGGCUGGUCACAUGAUUCCUUGUCAUGAAGGCUGCUCUUCACUCUUUUGUACUUGUGAUUAAAAUCUCACACUAAGUUUACUAUUUAACUUCUUUUUCUCAAAUUAAACCUUUUUUUAUACUGUCAUACCCCAAACAUUAUCACUUUUUAAUGUACCAGUAUGCUAGAAAUCUACAAGAAUGACCCCACUAUCUUUAGUAUGUCAGGAUUACACCUUAGAUACAGAAUAGAAUUUGAGACUGCCACACAUUUAUUCAGGCCUUGUUACUUUAAGAAAUGUCUUAUUUUUUCCACCCCAAAGGAGCAAGUGAACCAAUUAUUGCUGACAUAGUUAGGUUCCCUUCCUCCAUAAAAGGGAGGGAUCAUUAACAUUAAACCAAAUACAUGGAGCCGAAAAGAGAUAAAAGUAGCUUCUUAGGCCCCAUUAAAUCAGGGAAAGACUAGAAGAAAUUUUACAUUGCUUCUCUUUUUUAAUGGCCAACGGGGUAUGUGUGUGAUGUAUACUCAGAGUGGUUUUUUGGAAAAUUAAACUAUAGCUAUAGAUGAUGCUUUGGUUUUCUUACUCUCAAGAAAAGAGAAGCAAUGGAAAUACAGAAUGAUUAACUGGGGAAGGACUUUUGUAAGCGUGACUGGAACGAUGGUAAUGUAUGGGCCAAUGGGAAGAUCUAUGAGUUAGAUUAUUUUUGAAAAUGAUUUUUAAAAGCAAGAAGACUGCACUUUCCCUACCGAAACAGAAGUAACAUGGACACACUUAAGUUUUGGCUCAAUAAAUAUCAAUGUUAUUUAACUUAGAUCAUUGAAAGAAUACUCAUGUAAAGAUAAUGUCAUUAUCAUGCUCUUAACAGUCGUUAUCUUUCAUUUUUUAAAUGAGAAGCAUUAAUACUAGAAGAGAAUUUCUGGUUAUCUGGUCACCGUAUUCACUUUCCACCCCACAUUCUUCAGCUAAACACAAAGAGAAGCAGUGAAACAGCCUUACCUGCUUCUCUCUUACUAAAGAAUCACUGAUGUUUUUACUCAAUGAAAGGUAAAGGAAUACUCUUAGCCAUUUAUUAAACAGUUCAACCAAGAGACCUCGAAGUGUGAUUGAUGAUAAGAAUAAUCAAUGCCUUUUCCCUUCCAAGAUACUUGAGCCAUCAUGACAACCUAAAAAUAUCAUUGGUUGCUUUCCCAUUUAAACCAACGUUCCCUGUGGGUCUUAAUUCUUUAUUUUCACUCAUUUGGUGCUUUCCAGGUCAUCUUUUCUUUAACGUGCCCUUCCUCCGAACUUUAAAAAGUACUUCCUUGACAAAAUUUCUGUUUAUUACAAAACAUUUCAAUAUUUUAAGCUUAAAUUUUGCUUUUGCUGAAAGCCUACCAUUUGACACGUUAAGUAUGAAAUACAGUGCAGACUUUUAUCUUGGUUUUAAGUGGAGCUCGACAAGAAAAAACACCAGCCACUUUCGUAAUAAUGGCAUCACAGUGUCAUCAUGUAUGCAAGCAAUAAAACUCUUUAGGGUAUGGUUUUAUACUGAAAAUUUAAUAUGAAGGCCCCUUGCCACAAGAAUAUAGAUAAUUAUUAACUUUCUAGAUGUGAUACAGUAAUUUGAAUUGCAGAGUAUAAGGAAGGGAAAUGGGAAGGGGCAUCAUUCCUUGGAUUUUAAAUAACUAUUAAGAACAUUUUUACUUUAACAAAGAAAAUGGAUAGAAAAAGCACAUUUUGUUUUCCAUGAAGUUUAAUUUGACAUCAGGUUUGUGUACUUGUCUUCACUAGGUGACUUAACUUACCCCAAUUUUUUAAAAAAUUAUUAAACUUUUUACAGAAACUAACCUUUUAAAUGUACCCUUUCCCCAUAUAUAUAUAUAUAUACACACACACACGUUUGGAUUUUUUUUUUAAGAGCACUUGUUCUAGUUAUAAAUGUAUAAAGAAAACGAUAAAGUUUGUGGUACUGCAGGGUUGUUAAAUAUUCUUUGAUGCUUUCUAAAAACUUUUAUCAAAAAUACUUUUGAGUUCACAAUUCUGUUUUACUUUUCCUUGUCCCUACUUUUUGGAAACAGGGUGGUUGCUUUUAUUUGUUUUCUGGUUAUAUUCAAAGCCUUAAGUUCUCAAUCUGGGCAUAUUGUCUGUGAUAAAUUUCGAUGAUCUUUCUGGACUAGAUACAACCUGAGUAGCAAGCACCAACUGGAGCAAGUAAACUUCUAGGGAACAAGCGUCUUGGGUUUUACAGGUGUCUUUGCUAUAAUGCAGAGUAGAUUAAUGAAGAUUUCUAUAUCAUAUGAUAUUUGUGUUAGUGGGUCUAAGAUUAAGCACAUGAUAUUUAUAAGCUAAAAUUAACUCAAAAGUCAAGAAUGUCUUAAUGUUUUCAUUCUUAAAUUUUAUAUUCUCCAAGAAUGUAUUAGUGUAUGAACUGUGGCCAGCCAGUUCCUGUUCUUCAGACUGUAUUGACAUCUGUAGUGGAUCAUGUUGCUUCUUCAUUCUUACCAAUUUUAUUAGAAUCAAACUACUUGUUAUUUUCAUACUAUUGUCUACUAUAAAUUCUCAGCUUUAGAAAAUGACUAUGAUACAUAAAGACCACUAGGUCAACUUUAAAAAACCCUUUCUGUGAAUUUAUACAUGUAUGUAUAUAUGUAAAAACACUGUUGAUUUGCAAUUCUGUCUUUCCAUAGAAAUGAAGUUUUUCUAUCAAAAUUGUUUAACUUAAAUAUUUUAACAUAAAUUAUUUACAUGGCUCUUUAUAUAUGAUUCAUCCUUAUAUAUACCCCUUAAUCACAUAGUCAUGAGAAGAUAACUUUGCUUUCU